UAUGCAAUCUAUCCAAGACCUUCAGUUAGAAAGCUGCCAGCGUUUGGCAGCAUCUCAUCUCCUCCUCCCCUCUCUGAUGAUGGAGACACUGGAAGGAGAUGAACUCUGCUUUCCACAGCUCAACGCCUCCUGCAGGAAGCCAAAGAGCAGUCAGACAGAAGUUGUGCUUUUCCACUUUCUCUCCUUCAUCUCUUUUCUCACUGCAGCUCUCAACCUGCUGGUCAUCAUCGCCAUCUCCCACUUCAGGCAGCUCCACACCACCACCAACCUCGUCCUUCUCUCUCUGGCUGUCUCAGACUUUCUCGUGGGCCUCGUGGUGAUGCCGGUUGAAAUGAUCUCAGUGAGUAACUGCUGGUUCUUGGGUGACAUCAUGUGUGGUGUGUAUUAUUUGUUACUCUCUGUCAUUAUCUAUGCCUCAGCAACAAACAUGGUGCUCAUAUCAAUCGACCGGUAUGUGGCUAUUUGUUACCCCCUGCAUUACCACACCAGAGUCACUCUAAAAACAGUCAGAAUCUCUGUUAGUUUGUGUUGGGUCUACUCUCUCUUUGUCUACAUUUUUAUUUUGUAUGAUCACCUGAAACAACCUGGCAAGUAUAAAUCUUGCUAUGGAGAAUGUGUGGCUAACAUUGCAGGAGACGUGGAUCUUGUUCUUAGUUUCAUUCUCCCCAUAUCUAUUAUCAUAACUCUGUAUUUGAGAGUGUUUUCUGUUGCCAUCUCUCAAGCUCGGGCCAUGCGCUCCCACAUUGCAGUUGUCAUGCCGAUGCGUUCACAGACUGUGACUGCUAAGAGGUCUGAGAUCAAAGCAGCCAGGACUCUUGGUAUUGUUGUGGCUGUUUUUCUGAUGUGUUACUGUCCAUAUUACUGUGUCUCUCUCACAGGCGGCAAAAUAUUGAUUGGCACAUCAACUGAGACUUUGAUGAUUUUUCUGGUGUAUUUUAACUCCUGUCUAAACCCUGUGAUCUAUGCUUUUUUCUACCCCUGGUUUAGAAAAGCUGUUAGACAGAUUGUUACACUUCAGGUAACACACCGUGGCUCCUGUAACGCCAACAUACUGUAGGGAAACAAUGACUUAUCUUCUGUCACAUAUAUAUGUUUUAUAGCUUAAUUUUGCUCCACAUUUAUCCUGAGAUCAAGUAUCAUCUUCCAUGAGUAAUAGUGUUGUUCCUGUGCUGUCUAACGUCUAAUAAUAUUAAAUGUGUUUGUGUAAAUAUUCUGUCUGUUGUGUGAGAUAAGACGUACUUUAUUGUCUUUAGCUUCACAAAACUUUCAUCUCCAGAUGUAACAGACCAAAAGUACAAAACAAAUGAACUUUUAUAAUAGUUAAGUCUGCCUUGUAUUUCAGUGUUUUCUUUGCCUCCCUUUAUGUCUUUUCAUAUAUAUAAAAUGAAAUGACUGGUGGUUUAUUCUUGCUAUGUUCAAAUUAUUGUCAUUGUACCAUGUCUGAAUUUCAUGCCUGAUUACAUUUAUUUACAACAACAUAAUUGUCUUGCCUGGUCAGUACUGAAUUAUUUAUGUGCUUUGAACUGUGGCCCACUCUUCUCUGUCUAUACACCGCUGCCAUCUUCUGGUGGAAGGUUUGACCAUUCAACAUCAGCCAGGAGGUUUUGACUAAUCUACUUUUUUGUCUGCAGAUGAUGUAUACUCAUCAGUCGCAGUAUAUCACCGAGGCUGUUGUUGUGUUUUUGUGGGCUCAUUUUCUUAGGAUUAUAUUAGGUUAGACAGCAGAGUGUGUAUUAUGCAGCUGUGAAUUCGUAAGGAUGAGAGAUUAAUCUCAUAGAAAUCUGUUCAGUAAUUGACCUAAAAUUAUAAUGAUUGUUUUAAAUACAAGAAACUAGUUCAUUUAAUUCUGGACUUUUGUCUGUAUAUUUUUAAACCAAAACUAGGCAUAUUCAUAAUUGAGUUGUACUGCUGUUGUUUAGUCUGCAAGAAGAUUGUCACUGAAAAGUAGCUCAUGAAAGGACUUACAAAGUUUAUGUUAUCCUUCAAUGGGUAAACUGACAGGUAAUGGAGCGGUUGGCCAUUUCUUUACCUUUGACCACCUGUCGUGGCCGCUUACUUCCACAGUCAAAGACUACUUUGUUUGAAUAGAUGGUAAACUUAAUGGCAUGUGUCUCACUGCAGUUGUGUUUAUUGAUCAUUACUUAGUUAAGGCAACACAUCCACAUUUAUGUCUCAGUCCGAUCCACUACCAAACAGGUAACACAUCCAUGGCUGGUUAAUCUCCUAAACACAGGCACUUUAAAUGGCUCUCCACACGGUCAAAACUUGUACCGUGCCUCUCUAUAUAAACUGCCUUGUUAAUCAAAAAGCACCACGUUGCUCUAAAC